UGAAGACGGCUAAUAACGCAAAUGAAAGUUGUCCUCUGCGGACGUUUAUACUCCUGUAAUACAGCCCGGCGCAGGCUGCACCAUUACCUGAUUAUAAGACGCCCGCACACAGGUGCUGGGCUGCCCGCGCAUGCGCACCACGGCGCCGCUCCUACCGGAAGUAGCAGAAUGCUAACGAACGUGUCUGCUGUCUGCUGUUGCCUCUGGCACUCGCGGGCCACGCGGGUUGCGUUUAAACCACAGGAAGUACGUCACGUGCGAGUGGGACGCAGGGCACCCCCACCCUGCUGUCACCAUGGGGCUGUGUGGAGGUCUGUCCCACUGCAAGGUGGCUCUGGCCUUCGCCAUCUUUAUGGACGUCCUGGGGGGUGGUGCCCUGCUGCUGGGCGUCUUUGCCCCUCUGCAAGUCAAAGGCCGAGAUUUUGGAGACCUGCUAGUCUAUACUGGCGCGCUGCUGGUGCUGAUGUCGCUGGGGGGGUGGGUGCUGUGGUACAGUGGAAACAUGGAAGGCCUGACGUCCAAAAAGGAGCUGGGACACAUCAACAGCGCCGUGGACCGUCUGGCUCGCAACCUCAGCCGCAAGAUCCUCACCUACAGGAGCCCCCGCUGAGGGAGGGAUGUUUGGGGCGGGGGCACUCUUGUUAAAGAUGGUCACAAACAUUUCUGCUGCAACACUCACUUUUCUUUUUUAUUGUUGUAUUUCAAUAAAAGCCUUUUA